AGGUUGAUGGACGGUUCCCAGGACCUAUGAAUGCGGCCGCGGCGGCCCGGCCUCCUCGGCGCGCCCCUUCCCUGGGGCGGUCGACGCCCUCCAGCCUCCCAAUUCCAGGGUGUUGCACAAAGAUUUGCCGCUGCGUGGUCCUCCCUUUCCCCGCGUUGUACGCUGCGGACUGUCGCGCCGUCCCGCCGGGCCGGCCUCGUUCCCUACCCGGAGCCGCGCGUAAGCACCGCCGGGGCGCAGGAGUGGUUGGAAGAACAAUGCGUAGAGGUCUUUGACAUCAUGAUGUCCAUCCGGCAAAGAAAAGGAGUAAACACCACAGAAGUUUCUGAGGAGUUUCAAGCACAAGAAGAAAAUGUGAAGUUGGAAAAUAAACUGGCAUCUGGCCAUACUAAUAGAAGAUUAUGGAAGAUUCUGUCAUUUACAAUUGGCGGAACCAUUGCCCUCUGCAUUGGACUUCUUACAUCUGUCUACCUUGCUACUUUACAUGAAAAUGAUUUAUGGUUUUCUAAUAUUAAGGAAGUGGAGCGAGAAAUCUCAUUCAGAACAGAAUGUGGGCUGUAUUACUCCUACUACAAGCAAAUGCUGCAAGCACCAACCCUCAUGCAAGGUUUUCAUGGCUUAAUAUACGAUAAUAAAACCGAAUCUAUGAGGACAAUUAACCUCCUUCAGCGAAUGAAUAUUUACCAAGAAGUUUUUCUCAGUAUUUUAUAUAGACUUCUGCCUAUCCAGAAAUACCUAGAGCCAGUUUACUUUUAUAUUUACACCUUAUUUGGGCUCCAAGCAGUCUACGUCACAGCUCUUUAUAUAACCAGCUGGCUCCUUAGUGGUACAUGGCUAUCAGGACUGUUGGCAGCUUUCUGGUACGUCACAAACAGAAUAGAUACUACAAGAGUUGAGUUCACCAUUCCACUGAGGGAGAACUGGGCACUGCCAUUCUUUGCGAUUCAGAUCGCAGCAGUUACAUAUUUCCUGAGACCAAACUUACAGCCUCUUCCUGAAAGGCUGACACUUCUUGCCAUUUUCAUAUCAACUUUUCUCUUUAGUCUGACAUGGCAAUUUAAUCAAUUUAUGAUGCUGAUGCAAGCAUUAGUGUUGUUCAUACUGGACUCCUUGGACAUGCUGCCAGCAGUGAAGGCAACAUGGCUGUAUGGUAUACAGAUAACAGGUUUAUUCCUGGUCUGCAUUCUUCAGUUUUUCAAUUCCAUGAUUCUUGGAUCAUUGCUUAUCAGUUUUAACCUCUCAGUAUUAAUUGCAAGAAAACUUCAAAAAAAUCUGAAAACUGGAAGCUUCCUUAAUAGGCUUGGGAAACUUGUUUUACAUUUAUUUGUGGUUUUUUGUUUGACACUUUUUCUCAACAAUAUUAUUAAGGUCAUUCUUAAUCUGAAGUCAGAUGAACACAUAUUUAAAUUUCUGAAGGCAAAAUUUGGGUUUGGCGCCACAAGGGAUUUUGAUGCAAAUCUCUAUCUGUGCGAAGAAGCUUUUGGCCUCUUGCCUUUCAAUACAUUCGAAAGGCUUUCAGAUACUCUGCUUUUCUACGCGUACGUUUUUGUCCUGUCCAUCACUGUGAUUGCAGCGUUAGUUGUCGCCUUUCAUAAUCUCAGUGAUUCUACAGAUGAACAAUCCCUGGGUAAAAUGGGGAAAUGUACGGUUGACCUGAAACCAGAAACUGCCUACAACUUAAUACAUACCAUUCUGUUUGGAUUCUUGGCAUUGAGUACAAUGAGAAUGAAGUACCUCUGGACAUCACACAUGUGUGUGUUUGCAUCAUUUGGCUUGUGCAGCCCUGAAAUAUGGGAAUUACUUCUGAAGUUGGCCCAUCUUUAUAAGCCAAAGAGGAUAUGUAUAAUGCGAUAUUCAGUACCAAUAUUAAUACUGCUGUAUCUGUGCUAUAAGUUCUGGCCAGGAAUGAUGGAUGAACUCUCCGAGUUGAGAGAAUUCUAUGAUCCAGAUACAGUGGAGCUGAUGAACUGGAUUAAUUCUAACACUCCAAGAAAAGCUGUGUUUGCUGGGAGCAUGCAGUUGCUGGCUGGAGUCAAGCUGUGCACGGGAAGGACUUUAACCAAUCACCCACACUACGAGGAUAGCAGCCUGAGAGAGCGAACCAAGGCGGUUUAUCAGAUAUAUGCAAAGAGGUCUCCGGAGGACGUGCAUGCCCUCUUGAGGUCCUUUGGCACUGACUAUGUAAUUCUGGAAGACAGCAUCUGCUAUGAGCGAAGACACCGCCGGGGCUGCCGACUUCGGGAUCUGCUAGACAUCGCCAAUGGACACAUGAUGGAUGGCCCAGGAGAGAAUGAUGCUGAUUUGAAACCUGCAGACCAUCCUCGUUUCUGUGAAGAGAUAAAAAGAAACCUGCCUCCCUACGUGGCACACUUCACUAGAGUGUUUCAGAAUAAGACAUUCCACGUUUACAAACUGACCAGAAACAAAUAACGACAAUUGUUGUCCAGUCUCUAUUUUUGAUACAGUGAAGCUGCAUCAUAAGGAUACUCAGUAGAUAACGUUUCCUAUGUAGGUAGGUAGUCAGUACCUUAAAGCUGUGAUACCAGUAAGUUCUACAGAUGUUUACACACGAACGUUACAACCUUUGGAAGUAUCUUCUACAGACCUUUUUUUGUCUUGUCUCUGUCUGUUCCAUUGGUGUUCUUUAGCCUAAAUGUUCACAACUUCCGAAGAACAACCUAGAAUUUGAUUGCUGGUAAGUCUGUUCCAUAGUCAGACUGGACAACCACAUAUCAUGUUGAAAAAUGAGAGCCUGUUUAGGCUUUCAGAUGCUUUUAAUCUUCAGUUGACCUAAGAUAGCUAUGAUGGAAUUAAAUUGAGAGAACGAAUAAUUAAAUUAUUUAAUAUUUCACUCGUGAAGACUAAUUGGUGGCUUAAAAAAAAAAACAUGUUAUUGUCCUGUUUCACCUUAAAAUUUUGUAAUGCUUUUUGAUCAUCACACUUUUAACAUUAACAGAAAUCAUGCCAGGUCUUUGUAUGUAUCGUAAACAUUUUAUUACACUAUCUGAAAUGUAAUGUAUAGCACUUCAGUAGACUAUUUUAAGUAGUGUGUGUGUGUGUGUGUGUGUGUGUGUGCGCGUGUGUGUGUGCAUGCAUGUGUGUGUGCAUGUGUAUGUUUUAAUGCUGGGCACAAAAAAGUGUUACAACUUCCAUAGUAGAAGUCCUUAAAGGGGCAGAAAUGUAUGUAGCCAAGCAGAAUUUGUUACUGUUUAGUGUUAUUUUAAAACCUGUUGAUACUCUGAAACCUCUACUGCAAGUAAAAUAGUUUUGCUUUCUUACUUAUUUCAAUUUACUGGGUUUACAAAAUUUUGUAAACUUUUUGUGUUUUUAGCCUUUGUAUUUUUUACAGCCUAGAAACUUGCAAAAUCUGAAUAUUUUUAAAGUGUUGUAUCUUUAACUAGUUCACUAGUACAAUAUUUUUGGCAGACAGCAUUUUCAUACCAAGUUGAACUUGUGGUCUCCAAUCUUACCAUGAGGACCCUGGUAGCAUUAUUCUUUUCCUUACUAAAAGCUAACCAAGUGCCUCUAAGUCAUGCUUAUUUGUAAACAACAAAGAGGAUUAUAUAUAUACGCUCAAAAAGUUUUGAUAAUUGCUUUUAUAAUUAACUUCUAAUGCUGGGGACAUGCAAAAGUUGCUGAUAAAAGCAUAGUGUUCACUUAAUUAAAUCAAGAUGGCUAAUGAAAUUAACUUUGUCUAUGUUCUUGCCAGUUGGAAAUGAUUUAACAUUUCUCCUUGCAAUUGUAUCAAAGUAAAUUACUAUAGGCAUCAAAAUGGCUACGUCACAUAUUCAAAUGAUUUUAUAUUCAGUUACUACUUAUUAAGCAGCAUUCAAAAAAAUUUUCACGCUGUCAUGUUGGAUGUAAGGAUACUGGGCUUUGAGCAAAACUUAUUUAAAUUAAAAAUUGACAGUAGCUGGGUUAUUAAAUUAUGCAACUGAAACUCCUGAAUUAUAUCUUUACUAUAUCCCUUAAUAAGGUUGGAGACCACUGCAGUUUAGGAUAAUACAAUAAUAAAACAUUUUAAUCAGUACUAAAACUUUAAUUAAGCCAGUGAUGAUGCAUGCCUGUUGUAGCUGACAGCAUGGGUCAGGACAUCCUUCAGCGAGUGCCUUGCUCUGAUUAAAACCAAGCACAUGUAAGGUACAAUAUGCUAGACCGUGUGGCUUUAUUUUUAAAUCUUCCGUUACCUUUUUGGAUGUAUGUAAAUUUAUUUUAAAUAUUCCUAAUAUGUGUUAGUCUAAGCAUUUGGGUGUUUGAUUCUUUGU